GGCACGGUCCCCCCUUGCCCUUCGCUUCCUCCAUGCUUGACCCUUUCUUCUCAGAUCGACAGCGACGUGCGUCUGUUGCGUUCAGAAAUUUAAGAAUAACAUAAAAAAGGAAAGAGAGAAAGGGUACAUCGACGUGUGUGUGUUGUCACCGACUUGUUCUCUUGUUCCUUCAUCAGCAUGUGAUCGUGUACGCUUCCAAUGGCCAAAAAAGAGGCCUGACUGCAACAAUUGAAACGCCAUUUUUUUCCAAGCACAUUCCAUGCCCACUUCAAUGGACUCCUCCAAGCUCAUCCUCCUCCUCUCCUUCUAUCUCUCCACCACCAUCCACGUCCUCAAGAACCUGCUCUCGCGUCUGACCACCCUCCACAGGACGCCACUCCUCGUCAAUCUGCUUGAAAUAUUCCUGUCACUCUAUUUCUGGUGGUGUGGCCUCUCACCCUGCACCGUGGACCUGGACGACAGGCAGACCACCAUGCAUUUCUGGUGCUCCGCUCACAGGAUGUCCAAGAAGCCAUAUUUGGUCCUCAUCCAUGGCUAUGGAGGCAACUCCAAGGGUCAGUUCUGGACCCAAGUGGGCCCUCUAUCUCAAAGCUUCAACCUUUUCAUACCUGACUUGCUCUUCUUUGGGAAAUCACACACGCUCAGUCCUCAAAGGAGCGAUGUGUUUCAGGCCACAUGCAUUGUGGAGGGUCUGAAGAAACUUGGGGUUGAUAAGUACUCAAUUUAUGCAAUCAGCUAUGGUGGGUAUGUGGGGUAUAGGAUGGCUGAGAUUGGUGGUGAUGGAGUUGAGAAAGUGGUGAUUGUCAGCACUGGGAUUGGGUGUACAGAUGAGCAGAAGUUUGAGCAGCUGAGGAAGAUUGGCAGGAAUCCCUUGGAGCUUCUUUUGCCUGAGAAGCCUCAGGAUUUGAGGGGUCUGAUGAAUCUGUCUAUCUAUAAGUUCAAUCCUUUCAAAUGGGUCCCCGAUUUCUUCCUCCAGCAGUUCAUUGAUGUCAUGUGCAACGACUACAGGAAAGAGAAAUCGGAGCUAGCAGAACACUUGCUGUUCAGAAAAGCAGACAGCAACCUUCCUGUUUUGACUCAGGAAACGUUGAUUAUAUGGGGGGAUAAGGAUAAGGUUUUCCCGUUGAGCUUUGCACAUCACUUGCAAAGGCAUCUGGGACCCAAGUCCAAGCUAGAGAUCAUCAAGGACACAGGUCAUGCUGCAAAUAUUGAAUCUCCUGGAGCUUUGAAUAAUUUUAUAACAGCCUUUAUCCUUGGUAAAUGAACGCGAUAAAAGAAGUGAGCAUUAUGAUUGUAAGUUUCGUUAUUUGAGUUAGGAAUAUAUUGUACAUUGCAACAACUAGGAAGUAGAAUUUGCUUCAUGAUAGAUUUGAACUUUUGCUGAUGCUCUUCCA